CGACUUACAUAUCCCUACCAAAGUGACAAUAAUAUACGUGGCUGAGCUAAUAGCUAUUUGUCGGGAAAGGAAAAAUCUUAUUAUUUGUAUUUAAUUCCAAGUAGUGCAGUAAAAAUUCAAUAAAAUGAGGAAACUAUCGCUGUUAAUAACAAUAUUUGCUCUAAUGCAAAUGAUGUACAGCUCACAGGCUUUCGUUGUGAAUGUCGAUGCCCAUAACGAAGAAUGUUUUUUCGAGAAAAUCGAAGCUGGAACUAAAUUUAGUGUAACAUUUGAAGUCAUUGAUGGAGGUUUCUUGGAUAUCGACAUUAAAGUGACCGGACCCGACAACAGCAUAAUGCAUCAAAGCGUCAAAGAAUCAUCCAGCAGAUUGACAUUUGCCGCUGUUACAACGGGUGUUUAUACAGUAUGCUUCGACAACUCCAAGAGCAGCAUGACACCUAAAAUGGUUAUGUUCUCGAUUGAUGUUGGUGAAUCACCACAUCGUGCUCCAGGCGCACCCGGCGAAGAUGAAGUUGGUCAUACAAAAUUGGAGGACAUGAUUCGUGAAUUGUCGGGUACUUUAACCAGUGUCAAACAUGAACAAGAGUAUAUGCAUGUUCGUGACAAAAUCCAUCGUUCCAUCAACGAAAGCACAAAUUCGCGUGUCGUCUUAUGGUCUACAUUUGAAGCCUUAGUUUUGGUACUAAUGACAGUCGGUCAAGUGUAUUAUUUGAAACGCUUCUUCGAAGUGAAACGUGUUGUAUAGAAACAUGCCAUGCCGAGAAGAUUAGUUUAUUUUAUUAAGUUCUUUUCUAAUUCCACAGCCAUUACAUUUCUUUCCCUCAUUUGAAAUCUUUGAGAUGUGUAAUAAGUUCCGAAUCCAUUGUGUUUUAUUUUUCAUUUAGUAAAAAAAACAAUUCAUAAAACAUAUUUUGUAAA